AUGGAAUUAAAAACUAAGGUCAUUGAAACUAAGAAAUUAUUAAUGCUAACUGACAGAAAAGAAAAUUCCGAAUUCGACCUCAUUCUUGAAUCAAUUGAUGUUCCCUUACAAAUAGAAUACAAAAUUGAUCUUACUGCUCAAACACGAGUAGACGGAGAAUAUCCUAAAGAUGAAAAAAAGAGAUCAGAAAUUACCGAACUAGAUAUUAGUAAAGAAAAUUUACAGGGAAAAUUAAACUUAAAAGGCUUUACUAAUUUAAAAGAGUUAGAUUGCCACGACAAUCAGUUAACUGAAUUAGACAUUAGUGAUUGUCCUAAUUUAGAAGUUCUUUAUUGUUCCAGUAACCAACUAAGUGGUUUGGACUUAAGCAAUUGCCCCAAUUUAAAAACUAUUGAUUGUGGUUUUAAUGAACUUACUAAUUUAGAUUUGACUAAUUUAUCCCAUUUGGAAGAACUUUCCUGCAAUGAUAAUCUCAUAACUAAACUAGAACUUUCAUCUUUAAACUCGGAAAAACUAACCAGCCUAAAUAUAAGUGAUAACAACUUUUCUGAGCAAGAUCUAGAAAUUUUUGGCGAAUUUACUAAUCUAGAAAAUUUAUUAAUUGGUAAUGAAGAUAAAAAGAAAAUUGAACAGGGAAUUUAUAAUCGCUUCUUUAAUAGCUUGGAACCAUUGAAAAAUUUAACCAAAUUGGAAUUAUUGUUCAUUAGCAAUACCGACAUUGACUCUGGGUUAAAAUUCUUACCUGAUAGUCUGGAGGAAAUCUAUUGUUCAUUUAAAGAAAGACCAGAAAGCAAGGUAAAAACUUUGGCGGAGAGGCUAAGCGAUUUUUCUAUUGAUGAGGAUAAAGGAAAAGUCAUUGAUGAAAUUAAGAAAAGAGGAUAUAUCCAGCGUAAUCAAGAAGUUCACGACAUAAAGCCAAAUUUUUCUACUAAAGAAAACAAACGUUAUGGGUUGCUAUUUGUUUUUGAAAGUGGUGGUAGUAAAGGUUACUUAUCUAGUGCUAAGAAAUAUGUCGGCAUUUUUUUUCGUUAUAAUGCUUCUUCAGGAAAAAUAGAAGAAAUAAUAGACGGAAACGUAAAAUUGGAUGUUGACGAAAUAACUUCUGCCAGUAGCGAGAAGAAGGAAGAAAAAGAGGAAGCAGAACAAACAGCAAAAGACAGAGCAAAUAUAAACAAAAAAGUAAGAGAACUUUCAAGAAAAAUUUUGUUGAGACGGUUAGAUGAAUGCCAAAAUAAAUGUUAUAAGGCGAAUAAUGAAUUAGAGAUACUAAGUAAAGAAAUUACUAGUCAUGUUGUGAGAAUAUUUAUAUUAGAACUAGAUCAAGAAAUAAAUGAUGAAACUCUACCAGGUUACAUUAGAGACAUUUGUAACAAAGAAAUAGAAAAUUCAGUGAAUCAUAUUAAUGAAAAGAUAAAAAACUAUAUUGAAGAAGCGAAUUCAAACAAUUCUUUCCUU